AUGUUCUCCAAAACAAUAUAUCGCUCGAUUUCCCAGUUUGCGGGUGUCCGGGACGCCGCAAAAUACAUUCCAAGAAGAGCGUUGCUAUACGUUCCAGCGAGUAACCAGAAAAUGUUGGACAAGAUUCCAAUGAUGCAAGCGGAUUCAGUGGUUAUUGAGCUAGAAGACGGUGUGGCUUUGACAGCGAAAGCAGAAGCCAGAGCUCAGGCUGCUGUUGCUCUCGACAAGUUGCCAUAUCACACAUUGUCAUGUCAGGAACUCGGUCUUCGUGUCAAUUCAGUGAGCAGUGGUCUUCUAGAAGACGAUAUUAUUGCUGUCUCGAAAGCGGAAAAACUGCCGCACGCUUUCAUGAUUCCAAAAGUGGACAGUCCCGAUGACCUGGUUCAAAUCUACAAUAUGUUCCGUGAACACUACGGCGAUGACCGCAUCACCAACACGAACACCCGUCUUGUCAUCUGGAUUGAAUCGGCUCGUGCUCUUCUUGACAUGCCACGUAUACUCUCGUCAACUCUCAAUCUUCACAAACAAGCCGGAUUCUUCAAGUUGGACGCAGUGGUCUUUGGUUCUGACGACUUCUGUGCGGAUAUUGGAGCCACUCGUAGCUCCCAUGGAACUGAGACUCUCUUCGCCCGUCAGAAAUUCGUAACUUGCUGCAAAGCAUUCCAACUGCAAGCGAUCGAUAGUGUCUAUAUAGAUAUCAAAGAUCUGGAAGGGCUGAAACGUCAAUCGAUAGAAGGAAGACAAUGGGGAUUCACUGGAAAACAAGUCAUCCAUCCCAGUCAAGUUUCAGUCGUCCAGGAGCAAUUCCUUCCGCCGAAAGAGAGAAUCGAAUGGGCACAAGAGCUAGUCCACGCGUAUAGUGAACACGAAUCACUUGGAAAAGGAGCUUUUCAGUUUAGAGGACAAAUGAUUGAUCGACCACUUUUGUUGCAGGCGUUGAACAUCAUACAACUGGUGGAACGAGUCCAGAAUUGA